AUCCCAAAUUCUUGACCCACCUAAAAAUUGUCCUCGAAUAUGAUUAAAAAUGAACGAGUGAAGGCCUCCUUUGUCGUCAUAUUUUCCGUGCGAAACCUAGAUUUCCUCUUGACUGCGCCCGAACCGAGGGUUUUUCAAUGAUAUACGUAAUGGCAGCACAUUACUUGAUAUUCGAACGAGCAGAUAAAAUGUUAGUGCAGUUAAAACUAUACCCUGACAAUAUCAUCGUAUGAACCGCAAAGGUGCAAGGUAUAAAUCGCAGCCUUCGGCAAAGAAACGAAGACAAAAUGGCCAGAUAUCGGAAAUGUAUGUUGUCUUUGUACAAUAGCAUAAGGCGACAAUAGCGAGACAUAUCGCAGGUUCGAGCAGAGUAACUGGCGAAGGUUGGCGUUGCAGGUGCAUCGGUUGCACCGGUGCGUUGCGGCCGUCGACGGGGGUGGCUUUGACGGCGGUGCCGAGUGCCGAGGAGAGGCGCAGAACGUGUUCGAUCGACCCGCGGUAUGCAGCCCGUGCUCACACUGCGACAGAGUUCGUUUCAGUCAGUUGCUGUUUGACCGUCGACCGUUUCUGCUCGCGUCGCGAUUGCUGCUUUUUCUCUGCUCCCUCGUGAACUCUUUUAUCGUGACGACCGGCCUAAUUGUUUAUAGUUCCAUCUGCUCCACUGUCGUAUCUCGCAUUCGUGUUCAGAUUCUUUCGAAAUCGAAUGCUCGUUCUUUUCUCUUGAAAUUUCGUUUUUGGAGGGAACGGACCGUUCGAAGGAGGCGAGCCUGGGACACAUGGGUCGUGAGCCACGAGGGAUGAAUGAUGCAUCAGCGUGAUGCAUUUUCGAGAUAACAUGCUACCGGUCGCAGUGUGUGGACGGUGGUUGCUGGAAUAGUUCGAUCUCGAUUCUCCUGGCACAGCCGUGAAACAUUAACCGCUCUUCGUCCUUCGACAACGACAUAAUCGAGGACCAUGAAGAGAUCUUCGAACCUUUACACGAAGAUCCUCGCCUGGACCGUCUGUCUUGUUGCUCUUCUUCUUCCUUUCUUACCUUCGAGGACGGUCGCUCUGGAGGAGAACUGCACGGAUUUCCAAGGUGCCAUUGUUCGACACGGUCUCCUCUAUGUGCCAGGACCUGCAGUCUGCAGUCUCUGCGUGUGUUACCAUUCGGAACCAAUGUGGUGUCAAUCGAUUUUUUGCACGCCACCUUAUAAAUGCAAGAAGUUUCGAGUGGGCGAACGUUGCUGCGAGUUCGAGUGUCUCGACGACACGGACGCUAACUGGACCGGGCCAGAUUUGAUUAUCGCCUCGGGAUCGUCCAGGAUCGAGAAGCAAGGAACCGUAUGGCUGCUCGGUUUGAUCGCUCUUCUGAAGGUGCUCUAGUUUCUUACGAGAAAUAUCGUCGACAAGCUACGACCUAACGCGGAAUCGUCGCCGAGGAUCAGCACGGGUCAUCAGGGAUAGGGAAAGGUACGACGCGUCAGAGUUUGUCUGCCGACUGUACCUCGAGGAACAACUGUGACGCGGUUAUGGAAUCUUUUUCGAUCCCUUCUUUGCUUUAUCCUGUUCAUCGCAAUUUUCUCCUUUCUCGAAAAAUUCCUUGAUCUUUUGUAUAAUAUCCGUGAUCGAGUUCAAUGCCAAUGGUGAUCGACGAUGUGGAAAUCAGUUUUAAUUUAUUACUACAUCGUAAGACCAUUUUUAUAAUAUUAAACUUAUUCGGGAUUGGCCGCGGUCCGAAAUAGUUAAACAAAGAAUCUUUCUUGUGAUUUUCGUGCAGUAAAACCUCGAUAUUUUUCUGCGACAAGUGCUCUAGGAAUAGGGUAGAAAAUUACGAAGGGCCAAUGUCAUACGCAGCUUGACUAUCCGCGCGUGCAUAAAUAAAAGGCAUUGCCUGUCGAUAAAUUAUCUGGCAAGAAAAUAUCGAUGCUUUAUCGCACUAUUAUAUAAUUGUAUGUGUUUUCAAAAAGCACAUUCGAAUUGCUUAUUCUUCUGAAUCGAUGAUUUAGGUGACCAGAAAGUAGAACCACGCUACGAUUAUAGACACCAAACGUGAUGCUAAACGAAUUUAUUAAACGAAUAUUUUAUUUUUUCUAGUAUUAUUUCCUGUUAAUGGCGAUCACGAAAAGAAAGACUAAACUACGCGAGUUGUUGAAAUGUACGAAAUACCUCGAUUAACAAUCUGUUUACAAUAAAAUUCUAUUUUUCAAAAACCAAGCUCGUCAGUCUGUAUAUUUUAUUCAUAAUAAUUCUGAGGAAAUUGGAAAAGGAACGUAAAUUGGAGAGUUUCUUUUCAAUUAUAUUCUGAAUCUUAACCCUCGAAUGGC